AUGAUGUCGGCAGCCUCACUGGGCUACCACCAUCGGCGCACUUCCCCAUGCAAGUGCACACAGCGCGUUCUUGUUGCAGUGCUGAUCAUGCUGGCCUUGCAGGGGAAGGUCGCUGGGAUGGUGCCGCAGCUUUCGUUCACGAUGCCGAGGUCAUCUCGCCCCAGCGGUUACGGCUUCAGAGACCAUCCAGGAGUGUUGCCUCAACGAGGGACUGUGGUCCGCCAUGGGCUACGGCAAGGCUUCAAGCGUCUCCUUCAGUGGAAGCCGGUCGUUGGGAGAGAAGAAGAAGGGCAGGGCGAAGAGGGCGACGAGCUUGCGAAUCUCUACGACCCAGCGGACCGAGCAGCCUGGCCUCCGCCGCCACCCUACCUGCAGGCAGAUGUCAACGAAAGCGAAGUACUGGAGGAGCUGGUGCCGGAAGUUCUUGACGAUGCCGUGGAGAAGAUGCCUCCAAAAACAGACGUCUACACGCGGGAGCGCCAGUUCUGGCGGUGGACGGGUGCCUUGGGCUGGUCCUUGAACUUCAUCCUGCUUUGCUGGGCCUUGUUCCUACGCAAAGCUGGGCUGGUGAACCAGGGCCCGCAGGAGGAAGCGCUAGAUAUGGAGUCUCAGAGCCUGAAAAUCGACUCGACGACAUAUGCCGACUUGUUGGCAAGUCAAUUGCAAGAGGAAACGUACGUUACGGAGUCCAACAAUGCUUUGGGAACAAUCCUGCAAAGCCUUGGCUCCAAAUUGGAGUCUCUGCGCAACGGUGCCGAAAGGCUAAUGAAGCCAACAGAUGAGGGGCUACCCCGCGACGAUGAUGUUGUGCUGUCAGGGCUGAUCCGCGACCUGCAAGCAGGCAUUGAGGACCAGCUGGAAAUUCUGGGCAACAAGGAUGCUGAAAUAUUGCCGAAGCUGCAGCAGAAGCCAGAGAUGCUGCGGCAAUUGGCAGACGAGCCGAUGCCAACUCCUGAGCGUCCGAACAACGGAUUGCUACCAGAGGAGCUGCCGCAGUUCGUCGAGCAGUCCUUGGUUCCCAUCGUGGUGAUCCUGGGGUCCUCAUUCCUCGUGGCGGUUCUCUCUCGGCAAUUCCUCCGUGUUGCCACUGAGUGGAGGCGAAGUAGAGAGGAAACUAGAGCCGAGAGGAUACGAAAGAUCCAGAAGCGCCGGUUUCAAGCGUUCACCGGUGUUAUCAACGGUGCGCUGGAGAAUCUCGCAAAGGGCGAGUUCUCCAAGGCUGCUGAGGGCUUCGACCAGGUCGCGAACUUUGCAAACCGUUGGGCAUCAGAGCCAACGUGGGAGGAGCUGCUUCGUGUUGAAGUCCUCGCCUUCUGGGAGCGCUGGGGACCACAGGCCUACAGACUGGAGGCCAACAUUGGCGACUGGACUGGAGCGCCGCGAUCGUCGACCUCUGAGCAGUUCAAGUGGGUGGCUGACAGAUGGUUCAGCUCCGCGCAGUCCGUGGUCAAGGACUUCGCUUUCGAUGCUGUGAAGGCAUGGGGCGAGGAAGCCACCAAAGCUGCCAAUGCUGCACGUGAAGCGGCGCAGCUGCGCAGCAAGGAGCCACCACGUGGCCGUGGUCUCGUGAUUCGAAUUUACGGUCGUUGGCCUGCACCAGAGGACUGGAUCAACAUUGCAAACCUGCCGCUGGCUGGGGACUGGCGAGAGCAGGCACUGCGAUUGCUGCUGCCAUCCGCCAAGGAUGUGCAGGACGUGCCUCUCCUUGGGUCCUUCUCUGAGCAAGCACUGACAGCAGUGGUCUCGGGACAAGUCAGCCGUGCAAUCCAAAACUCUGCGUGGGGCUCUUUGACGACAGACCUUUGGCGAAGAGGUUCGGGUGUUGCCUCCGAAAAGCCGUUCGAAAUCGGCUACGAGGUUGUGGAGGUGAACUCCUCAGACGCCGAGGAGAUGUGCGGACUUGCACGGUCGAUGCCGAAGAGCGGCACACCUGGGCGCGUGCUGAGCGUGAACCCCGAUCUCCAGUCUUUGAUUGAGUCUGCCACAGAUUUGGACGAGACUGGCGAUCAAGCAAGUGCAUACAGCACGGACCUCCGGAAGGAUUACAAGAAGAUCUUUGGCGAGGACCACAAGCCCGCCGUUCCGGCCGUCGAGGCCGCAGAGGGUGCGCCAGUUGAUGUGACGCCGGAGACGCCCUCCGCUGCCUCCGCUUCCGUCGCUGCCGCGGUGCCCACGGACCCGACGGUGGUGCGGCGCUUUCCUGCGGGAAGCAAGGUGGUCAUCAAAGGGCUCACAGGCGCUGUAGAGCUCAAUGGCCAGGAAGGCUUCCGUUUGGUCACGUCACCAUUGCAGCCUGUGAAGGAAUCGAACAUUUUUGCCGGCUCAUUUCUUGCUGACGACUCUGUUGUGCAAAGCUGCGGCGGAUUGCGGAUCCACAUCGAACCAGUCAUGAAUCCGUGUCACCAUGCCGUCGUCGGCUGUCUUUCGCGGCAUCGGCGGGCAAGAUUACUUCUAGGGGCUCAGGCCGAGAAGGUUGCGAAAUCACAAGAAACUCUGGCAAGACUGAGACUCGUAUGGCACUUUGCAGCCAUGGCAUCGCUGAUGGAACUGGGCAGAGUGGCUUGGCUCUACUCCGACAGAGCAGAGUUUUGUUCUGGUGUUCGGUUCUGCUCCCUGGUCCGCGGCUUUUAUGAGGUCGCCCUGGAUGUGGUCCUCGCAGUGGGGCCGAUGGUCAGCUCCGAGAAUGUGGCGAAGACCCACCAUGUUGUACAGAUGAGGCACAGCCGCAUUGAGUCCUUUCGAGAAGAUGUGCGCGAUAUGCUGACGGAGCGUCUCGACAGCUCCCAAAACUUGACACUCAAGUCCACACUACUCUUCGGCUUCGUCGCCGCCAUGCUUGUCGAGGGUUUCCCUCCGCAGAAGAUGCAGUCUGAGCUUUACGUGGACGUGUUCAUUUUUCUUGUGCCCUGGGGCAUUUGCCUGCUCUUUCAGUCAAUGACCUUCGCUGUGCUUUACCAGCGUGGAAUGAUGACGGUGGGCCACCGUCACCUGCGUGAGCUGCAGAUUCUUGUUUCGCAGCAGGCCGAGGAGGAGAAAGACCAAUGUGAGACAUUUUACGAGAUUGUGGGAGAGAAGUGGCAGCGAAGCCGCAAGCACAUGGACGAGAAACUGCAUUCACAUCCGGGUGCCAGUGGUGCCCGACAGAUGGCCGGACUUGCGGUCUCAGCCGCCUGGGGUCUGGUGGCACGGAUUUUCGCUUUCUCACCAAGCCAGUUUCCAAGAGUAGGAGCCUCCUCUUUUGUCGAGUCAGACUCAGACAACGACUGGCAUAGCAUUUCGGAGCCUACUGGGAAGCUCGAGUCGAGUCCUUCACGGAUUGAGUUGGACUACUUGACCAUGGAGCUCCACGCCCAGGGCUCCAUGGGACGGGAGGGGUCAGACCAAGCCAAGAGCGGCUCGGCCUCCCUCGCAGCGCGCGGCCUUCCCAAACACGUCACGGAGAUGAGCAACAUGCCGGAGGUCCAGGCUUUGGAGCUCUACGAAGAUCAAGCGCAUCGCACCGUGGUCGGAGGCAGUUUCUUCACGCUCUUGUGCCUGGGUUUCCUGGUGGUUUUUCGGCUGCACAUGCGGUGCGAGCACUAUACAGAUCAUGCCAUGGCAUUUUAUGCCCGUCUUGGCAUUUUUUUGCCGCCGCUCCUGGUUGCGGCGUUUGCGAGCCUCAUUCGCCCGUACCCGGAGAAGCACCACAGCUUCGAGACAACUGGCAAAGACCUUUCCAGCCCGACCUACAUCAUGGCGGCCACCCAUUGCGCGGUUCUCCUGGCCGUCGCGAUUUCUUUGACGUCCUUGGCGGCGGCCGUGCGACUGCAUGCGCCGCCGCCGCAGCUCUCGCUCACGCCACUUCGGGCAUCUCCGGUCACCUCCCUGGUGGAAUGGUCCGUCGAGUGGCCGAUGUUCUUCAAUCCUACGGCCAUUCUGGCUUUGGAGGAGGAUUCGCUCAUACUGACCACGGACUUUCGCGUGGCACGUUUCAGGCUGCGAGAUGCAGAUCACUCUGCCGUCUUACAAGAUGAGCAGCCGUUGCCCGGCAUGGAGAUCAACGGCGCUGCAGCUGUGAACAACUCUGUGCUCCUGGCCGGACGUCGUCGGCUGCAUCACUUUUCUGCUGGCCCGCUUGCCGGCUUUCCGUGGCAUCUUGUGUCCGAGACCAGUGUUCACUUGGCUUUCGCUGGCAAUGACACCGCCGAUGCCAAGGAGGCCGUGACGGGCCUCACGUACUGGGCAGAGAAGGAUCUGCUGUUGUUGGCGGGCCCGACACUGGGCGUCGUCGCUGCAAGGCUCUCCAACUCUGGUGGUCGCGGGCCUAUGGAUGUAAGCUUGGACUUUCGCGUCCCUGUAGAUGAGGCGGUGUCGGCGCUACAAGUCGAUGAGGCGAACAAGCUACUUUAUGCUCUUCUUCGUUCCGGAGAGUUGAUAGUCUUGGACCUUGCAGAGAAUCCAGGAGCGGUUCUUCAGCGACACAGGCUUCCGCGAGCAGAUGCCGAUAUUUACAAGGACUCGCAGGCGACUAGCACCGUCAAGUGGACGGGUAUUGCAAGCCAAGGGCGCAGAUUGUUUGCUGUGACGCACCAUCCGGCAAAAGUUUUCAGCUUCGAGCUUCCUCAUUUGGUGAGGCAAAGUUGCAGCUCGUCUCGACUGCGAGGGUGCAAGACAAGCAUCUGA